AAAGCUCUUUCCGCCUUUUGACAAUUGCUAAGCCAAAAUGGCAGUACGCUACGAACUCUGUGUCGGUCUCAACAAGGGACACAAAACCACCAAAGUCAGGAAUGUAAAAUAUACUGGCGACAAGAAAGUUAAAGGCUUGCGUGGUGCCCGUUUGAAGAAUAUCCAAACCCGUCACACCAAGUUCAUGCGUGAUUUGGUACGUGAAGUUGUUGGUCAUGCUCCUUAUGAGAAGAGAACCAUGGAAUUGUUGAAGGUUUCCAAGGAUAAGCGUGCCUUGAAAUUCUUGAAGCGCCGUUUGGGUACACACAUCCGUGCCAAGAGGAAGCGUGAAGAAUUAGCCAACAUCCUCACUCAAAUGAGAAAGGCUCAAACCCACGCCAAGUAAACAAAUCAUCGGCGUGUUUUGGAAUUGAGCGAAUUUUUAGUGUAUUUAUAAUACACUAUAUUCCUCUUUUUUACUAUGAAUUACUGUAGUGAUAAUGCUAAAAAUAAUAAAAAAGUGACAAAAAAAUAA